AUGAGUUAUAGGAAAAGCGAGAUAUUUGAGCCCCCUGGUAAAGUGGGCCGCAAAACAGGGUUCUACCUUACCAGGACUCCCAGAAAGAACGAAAAUGGGCUCGAGGAUCUCAAAGACUUCUUUCUUUCAGACGAGGAGUACGAGAGUCCUAAUAACAAGAGUGUCAACACGUCCCCCAAUAAAAGACUCUCCAUGAGGUACGAACAGCUGAAAAGCCAACAAGCCCCGGGAAGCUCGCCCUUUAGUCACAGCAAGCAACCGCAAAGUAAAGGAACUCGUUUAAUAGUGUCCUCCAGUGAAGAAAGUCCCGACGCAAGUGACUCUGAGGACGCAGACAAAAUAAUCAAUGCAGCCACGCGAAUGGGCUCUCCAAUCAAACCGAAUGUGCGCCGUAGAGCCUCCCUGAAUGGCUCUCCUCGCUCCUCGCAAACCCGACCUUCAAGCUCGCCCAAGAAACUACAGCCUUCCCCUUUGAAGAAAAGCCUGCCAACCACUGAAGAGAACGUUCUGCAUCUAGACAGCGAGGACAAAUCCGAAGAAGAAGUGCGUACCGGAAAGCCUCAAUCUACGUCUUCUGCUGCCUCUCGUAAGUUUGCGGCUGUGACGAAGAACAUAGCACUGCAGAGGAAAUCAUCGAGUAAGAACAAAGUGAUCACUUCUGAUGAUGAAGAGCCAGUUAAGUCAGGUCCGAAAAGAAAAUCGCGAGGCAAAAAAUCAGCUUCCCCUGAAUCAGAAGAGUCAGCACCAGAAAAUGCUGACGUGGAUGAGGAUGAUGAUUUUGAAGAGGAAACCGACUCUGCUCCUGAGGUGGAAAGCGAGGACGAUGAAGUGGUAAGCGUUUCUGAAGACUCAGAUAAAGCAGAAGACAAGGAUAAUGAUGUGUCGCUGGAGGAGGUUCUGCCUAAAGAAGAAACACCCAUGUCAGAAAACGGAGUGAGAAGGUCUUCCAGAAGAAGAGUUUCCCCUGUUGCUUGGUGGAGAAACGAGAAAAUCAUCUACGAAACCACAACUGAAAACGGCACGUACGUGAAAAAAAUCAAGGACGUGCUUCACCGUCCCGUCGCAGAGCCAAGCAGAAAAAGAAGACAGUCUUCAGCACCACCAUCGACAAAAGCUCGAAGACGUAGUCGAACCCCAAAAAGUGAAGAGACUGAAAAGCAACGGCCAGCACCGGCUCCACCGCAAAUUGCUGAGCAGCCUGAAAAAGAGAAGGAGCAAGAAAUCGCUAGCGAGCUGGACGGCAGCGACUGGUUGCAACAGAAUUCGCUCACGAUUCCUGUUUUUGAGGGUCCGGGUUCCGAGAACCAGAUCGAAAGAACGGUUGCUUGGGCUCCCAACAAGUCGAAAAACAUUUCCAUCAUCAAGAACAGCGAGGAGUUCUUUCGAAUCGCGACCCUGUUUGAUCAGGACAGCGAGUUUAGCGGCGGGGGUAUAAUUGAGAUUCCCGUUGGUUCUCGCAAAGCAAUCAAGUCGAACGACGACACCUAUUUCAUCUUUUUCGUGAUUCAAGGAGUGCUGGAAGUGACGCUCUCGCACAAUCCGUUUGUGGUGGUUUCGGGUUGCUCUUUUGAAGUGCCAAUGGGUAAUUUCUACCAAUUCGACAACAAGGGCAAGACUGUUGUCAAGCUUUUUUUUGUCCAGUCCAAGUACGUGGUGGUAAGCUCACCUGAGGACGACGACGACGAGGAUGACGAUGAGAGUAUUUGA